AUGUCAGAGGGUCUAUUAAAAAUUAACUUAUAAGACUUAGAGGAGGAAGAAGAAGAUGAAGAUUAUGUUCCUCAAGCAAGCGAAAUUGAAGAAUACAAGAGAGAAAAGAAAGAACUCAAAGAUUUAAAAAAAAAAAAGAAUUAAGAGGAGCUGCAUCAAGAGAUACUAUAAUCAUGGAUUGAAUUAAAGAAGGAAGUUAGAGAAAAAGAAAUGAAUUAAAUAAAUGAAAUUAGGAAAUAAACAUAGAUGCUGUUAAAAGAUAAGGAUCUUUUACUAUAAAUAGCCCAAAAAGCACUUCGCUUAAACGAAGAUGAUAAAUAAAGAAAAGUAAUAUUCGCUGGUUAAGAGUUUAUAGUAGAUUCUAGUGGUGAAAUAGUAGGCAGAGCAGAUGAGUAGGCUUAUUUAAAAGAAUUUUAGCUUUUUGAAAGCAAGGAAAUCAAUUAAAUGAAAUUUGAAGAAUCCAAAAAUGUCAAAGAAGAAAUCAUCGAAAGCAAAAAGGAAGAACCAUAAGAAAUAAUUAUUGAAGAAAAUAAUAAAGAAGAAGUGUAAGAAGUCUAAGAAGUCUAAGAAGAAAAAGUAGAAAAAGUAGAAAAAGUUGAAGUAGUAUAAGAAGUAAUUUAAUAGCUUGGUUAAGAAGAAAAACAUAGAUUAGAUAUGAAAAAUAGAUUUUAAUACUUAUAAAAAGUUAUGGAUAAAAUAAAUAGUAAAUCAAAGAGCAUAACAUCAAUACACAAAUCAAAACUUGAUUGGAAGUCUUUCACUAAAAAAGAAAAGUUGGAAAAGAAAUUCGAACAAAAUAGAAAAGCAGGCUAUCUAGAUAAAUAAAAUUUCAUUGCAAAAGCCACCGAAAAGCAAAAAUAAAUUUAAAAGUCAACUAGAAGGUGA